AUGGAUGGACGUUUCAGUGGAUUAUUUCGAUUCGAUUUUCAACUUUCUAAUAAAGUUUUCUUUUAAUAUGUUAAACAACCUUUAUAUGAUUCAGGUCAGAAUUCCAAUCUAACGUGACGUCCGGGAAGCCAUCUUGCUCCGAGUGCUGGCGAUGGCUGCGUUCGACUCUGCGCAUGCGCUUAUAUUUGGGUACGUUUUCCUUGACUGUGGAAGGGGAGGAGAGCUGGCUGCUGCCGCCUGAGAUGAAGGGAAACCGGAUUCACUAAAGAAGCUGUUCAAGCUUAGUCGGAUUCCACGCGGGUGUCUGAUCAUGGACUUUCUUCUGAGUGGAGUGGCGGCGUGCGGGGCGUGUCUCGUGACGAACCCGCUGGAAGUGGUCAAGACUCGCAUGCAGCUGCAAGGAGAGCUUAAAAGUAGGGGGACCUAUCAGGUUUAUUAUCGUAAUGUCUUCCACGCUUUUUAUACCAUCGCGAAAGUGGACGGACUGGCUGGCUUACAAAAAGGCCUCGUGCCCGGACUAUGGUAUCAGUUUUUUAUGAACGGCAUCCGACUCGGCUCGUACGCGAUCAUCGAGUCCUCUGGCUACAUCUACACGGAUGGACGAGUCAGUGCACCCAAGACCAUCAUAGCUGGAGCUACGGCGGGAGUGGUUGGAGCUGUGAUGGGCAGUCCAGUGUAUUUGGUCAAGACUCAUUUGCAGAGUCAGUCAACUGUUUCCAUUGCCGUGGGACAUCAAUACAAACAUCAGGGAAUGUCUCAGGCCCUGGCGGCCAUAUAUAAAGAACACGGCAUUCAAGGACUGUGGCGGGGGUCGAGCGCUGCCAUCCCGAGGGUCAGCGUGGGGUCAGCGUCUCAACUGUCCACCUUCUCCUCUGCCAAAGAACUGGUGGUUGAUCUUCAGGUGUUUCCAAGGGACAGCUGGUUGGUGGGCUUGAGCGCUGGCAUGAUCAGCAGCGUGGCAGUGGUGCUGGCGAUGACACCUUUCGAUGUGGUGAGCACGAGGCUCUACAAUCAGCCCGUGGAUCAUCAGGGCAAGGGGCUGCUCUAUAAAGGGUUCACUGACUGCUUUUCAAAGACACUGAAAAAGGAGGGCAUAACGGGACUCUACAAAGGUUUGGGAGCCUCUUAUUUCCGGAUUGGUCCUCACACCAUUCUUUCUUUGUUCUUUUGGGAAGAGCUACGCAAAUUGUACCAGCCGUUCAGAUAACACAGGGGACCAAGAAGUUGAAAAUGGUGAGUCAUUAAGCGACGAGCCACCGGUUCCAAGGAAUUUUCAUGAAAUGAGUUGAUGUUAUGAGGUUAACCAAAAACCAGGUGCUCUUUUGCUUUUCUCAUAACAAAGGAGCCGGGGUAAUAUGAAUGAAAAAGAGGAAAGGGAAGUCAAAAAAAAUGUUGCACACCGCAUGUACAAUGCUCUAAACCUCACCGCAUCAAAUGUGGGCUCUUGACUGUUAAAAUUCAGUGGAUGGCAAUAUUAUUGCCGUGCUACCUCCAACGUCACAUCAUUCCAUGCCAACCUGUCGAAGCCUAUUCAAAAUCUGCCAGAGAGAGAAUCCUGCUAGUUCAAGCCAUGCCACUGUCCAGUGCUGAGGCUAAUCAAUGAUCUUUUUGUGACAUUGUUAAUUGAUAGAAGGUAUCCAUUUUUGUUCAUUUAUUUAUUUUUUUGUCAUUUCAGUGGUCCAAAUGGCCAUUAAAAAAACACUCCACAAUUUUUUCUUCAUAUCAAGCAUUUGAAAGUGGUGAUUAGUUCGUCUCCAUGGAUAAUCUAUUAAAAUCGCCUUAAUCAGAAUUUCUUGGAGGGGUGAUUAAUGUCUUCUCAUACAUUUCCAUUCUUAGAUGCCGAUUGUCGAAUGUGUGUUGUGUUUUAGGACACAUGAGCUCACCUCAGUCAUACAAGCAAUGAAUACCCCAUUAUUAAAACAGAAGGUCAAUUUUGAGUUGUUUAGUUACAUUCGUAUCUGCUGCUCAAACUCAUUUAAAAGAGUAUAAAAGAGUACCAUAUUUUAUGAAAUGCUUUGUCAAAAUAUGCAUACAAAUUGUUUAUUUUUGAAUCUUCAGAGGUUUUAUAUUUAUAAAAUCACCCCUAUUGUAUGGGCAAAGUGCCGUCAUGAACUGCUUUAUCAUCCAAGUGUCAAAAAAAGGUUUUUAUUUUUCCUGGAAAAUAUGUGACGAAUGUCAUCAGAGCAAAGGCUUUGGCCGAUUUGGAUUUUAGAUUUUCUACUGUAUACCUCACGCCAGUCAGUAUUUUGAUAUGUCAAUAGUACUGUACAUGUUGUGUGUGUGCGUGUGUGUUCUGGAACUUUUUGUUUGGGAACUCAUGAACUGUACAGUGCCCAUGAGUCAGUAGAAUUCGCUUAGGAUGGUAAAAAUACACCCUUCCAGACGUUACUGAAAAAUGAAACGUUCAGGAAAUUCCUGAUAAGCACAGUAUGCCGUGCAAUUGCUUCGUCACCUGAAUACAUUUGUUUUAGAUCAAAUCAGAUGUAAAGUUGGUUUUGUGUUGCUGCAGAUUUGGAUGACGCAAAAUAGAUUGUAUGUUAUUUAGCAAUAUUUAGUGACAGUGAAGAUUGUGACAGAACCGACCAUAGAUCAACUUUGAUGACUUUGAUUACAAAAAAAUUUAUAUAUAUAUAAAUAUAUAUAUAUAUAUGCUUGUUUCAAAAUCAUACAAUAAUUAUUAGCGAUACUGAUUUAACCUGACCAACCUAUUUAUAAAGUAUUUGAAUAUGUCAGAGAUGCACUGGAAAUGAUUUUGCCUACAUGCUUGCUUGAAUGGUGUGGUCAAUAUGACUAAUAUCGUGCUUUUACAAGAAUUUUCUUUGGCCUGUUUUGAUACCAUGCAGUAACAUUUCCACUGAAUGUGAUGCAAACUGCUCUGUCUUGAUUUGGGCAACGACUGUUUGUGUACAGGGAACAGGAAAUGCCAAUAAAUCAUCAAUCAUC